UUUACGCGUGCGCAGUGGGUCACGGAGCCGCCAUGCCGGAGCCGCGCGGCUUGUCUCCGCUUCGGGUCAACAAGGCGUUUGCUGCCCGGUACGGCCGCUACCGGGAGCGCGAGGAGCUGCAGCGGCUGAAAGAUCGCUACGGCGACCCGGAUAGCAGCGGCGACUCCAGCUCCGAGUCUGACUCCAGCGACGAGCGCGUGGAAUUUGAUCCUCAACAGGAGCGUGACUUUUAUAGGACUCUCUCUUUGUUGAAGAAGAAGGAUCCCCGCAUUUAUCAGAAAGAUGCCAUCUUCUAUCAGAGAACAGCUUCGUCCUCGGAGAGUGAGGACGAGUCAACAGCCAAGGCAAAGCAAAAGAAGGUGCAGCCCAUGUACCUGAAGGACUACGAAAGAAAAGUUAUUUUGGAGAAAGAAGGCAAAUAUGUCGACGAGGAGAAUUCAGAUGGGGAGCCCUCUAAUCAGAGACUCCAGCAGAUUUCUUCAAAAAGUUAUGUGGAAGAACAGAAACAGCUCAAGGAAAGCUUCCAGGCAUUCAUGGAGGACAGUGAGGAUGAAGACAGUGCCGGGGAAGGUGGCUCUGGCUUGCUGCAGAAACGAACUAAAACUGGGGAGGAGAAGGCCCAAGAGGAUGCUGACUACAUGGAAUGGCUGAAGGGGCAGAAGGAGAUUCGAAACCCAAACACCCAUGCUCUGGAGGAACUAACCCACCUCAAGGAAUAUUGGAACAAUCCAGAGCUGGAUGAAGGAGAGCAGUUUCUGCGAGAUUAUAUCCUUAACAAACGCUAUGAGGAGGAGGGAGAUGAGGAAGAAGAGGAGGAGGAGGAAGGGGUCCCCAGUCCUGUCCAGUUGGCUGUGGACGACUCCUCAGAUGAGGGAGAGCUAUUUCUGAAGAAGCAGGAGGACUUUGAGCACAAGUACAACUUCCGCUUUGAGGAGCCGGACUCUGCUUUGGUCAAGACCUACCCUCGGACCAUCGCAUCCUCUGUGCGCCGCAAGGAUGAGCGCAGGAAGGAGAGGAGGGAGGAGACCCGGGAGCGAAAGAAGAGGGAGAAGGUGAAGAAGCAGGAGGAGCUCAAGCAGCUGAAGAACCUGAAGAGGAAGGAGAUUCUAGCCAAGCUGGAGAGACUGCGGCAGGUCACAGGCAAUGAGACGCUGGGAUUUGAGGAGAAGGACCUUGAGGAUGACUUUGACCCAGCCCAGCAUGACCAGCUCAUGCAGAAGUGCUUUGGGGAUGAGUACUAUGGUGCUAUGGAAGAAGAGAAGCCACAGUUUGAGGAAGAGGAAGAGCUUGAAGAUGACUGGAACUGGGACACGUGGGCUGGGCCAGAGCAGGGUGGUGCAUGGAGCCAGCAGGAGCUGCACUGUGAGGACCCCGACUUUAACAUGGAUGCUGACUACAACCCCAGCCAAAAGCGGAAAAAGCCACGUGAGGCCCCCUCGACAGGCAAGAAGAAACGCAAGUCACCCUUUGCCUCGGCCGUGGGGCAGGAAAAGCCUGUGUUUGACCCCGGGGACAGGACUUUUGAAGAGUACCUGGAUGAGUAUUACCGGCUGGACUAUGAGGACAUCAUUGAUGAUCUGCCCUGUCGCUUCAAAUACCGAAGUGUGGUGCCCUGUGACUUUGGGCUCAGCACCGAGGAGAUCCUUGCUGCCGACGACAAGGAGCUGAACCGGUGGUGCUCCCUGAAGAAGACCUGCAUGUAUAGGUCAGAGCAGGAGGAGCUACAGGACAAGAGGGCAUAUAGCCAGAAGGCCCAGAAUGCGUGGAAGAAGAGGCAGAUCUUCAAGUCACUCUGCCCAGAGGAGACGGAGACAUCCACAGAAGCCACAGAGACGCCACAGAGAGACAAAUCCAGUCCGCAUGGGCAGCUGCCAAUACCUGCCAAUGAUAGGGCCUACAGAAAGCAGCCCUGGCUUGAGAGCCCCCCAGUGCAGGAUGAAGUGACCCCUGUGUCAUCCAACCAGAAGCCAGCCUCCCAGAGGCGGAGGAGGGGCAAGAAGGCACGUCUUCUGGGCCCCACAGUAACACUAGCUGGUCGUGAGUUCAGCCGUCAGAGACUGCAGGCCUUUGGCCUCAACCCCAAACGGCUGCACUUCCGUCAGUUGGGCCAACAACGAAAGAAGCAGCAGAGGCUCAAGAAUGCUCCCUAAAUUCAGGGAGCAUGCAGGAGCCCUGGGUCCCUUCCCCCCCACCCCCCCAAUAAGGGCCCUUGGUUGCAUUGCCCUGGUUGAAAGUACAGCCCUUCUGUCUACCUGGUGGGCCAGGGAGUCUUUCAUCUGAUGCAGAAACUGAGGCCUACUGAACAAGUUAGAGACACCCUUGGAGAUCAUCCCUCAAAUGCUGGGCUCAGCCAUAGCCACUGUCAAGUCAAACGGCUUUAUUAGUCCCCAGUGGCCACAGUUCCCUGCCACCACCAGCCCUUGGCAGGACAGGGGUUUCAGGACCAAUGAGGGGCACAGGCAGUCCAGUGCAAACUACAGUACUUGAGUCAUGCCCUGAGUGGGUGCCCAGAAGCUUGUGCUCCCUCCCUGCCCUGUGAGAUGGGCAGCAGCUCAGUUGGUGAGAGGCAGGCCUAUAGCCUCUGCCCCUGGCUGAAUGGCUCUUGCCCAAAGUUCUGGACUGGUCUCAGCUGCACUUGUCAAGGGGGUGAGAAUGGUCACCGCCAGAGUUCAAGUUCCCAUAUCCAGUGUGACAUAAAUAAAAAAAUAGUGUCGCAUCUUCUCCCCCAAUCCCUCCUUUUAUAAAAACACGAAGUCCUCAGAGCUUGGGCGCUUGGCCUUGAGGAGUCGCCCAGUGCGAGGCAGCCGCAGUGUUGGCUGGGAGAGCUGGGAGCAGAGGUCAUCCAGGCUAUGGUCCUGAGCAUGGCCCUCGGCCAGGGUGAACAUGGGGUACCGCUCUGAGGUGGAUGAAGAACUGAGGACCUGGUGGGAGGAGGGAAAGAGAUCAACCCCAAACACAGUAGCUAAGUUAGUUAUCCUGUAGGCAUAACAAAUAGGUUAUUAGAUGCUUCCUGAAUACAAAUCCCGUCCCUCCAGGGCAAUAAGCUCGGCCAGUCAGCAUUUCACAUUCCCUAGAUGCAGUGAUUGGCUCAGUGAAGUGCAUCUGACCUGACAGCCAAUGAAAAGCAGCCCUGAGAUUUUUGCUGCAUCUGUGGAGUGGUGUGGGAGAGCGGGGCUCCCAUUUCGCUGGGAGGUAGGUGGUCAGAGAUGCCUCCUGGAUGUAGCUGUCCCCCAAAGGCAGCAAUGCUUCAUUUUUUGCCCCAUCUUUAUAGAGGGAGUUACACCUGGGCUUGUGGGAAGAAGCCUGGAAGCAGCCUCCCCAAAGCUGUUGGAUUCAAGAUCUUUGUUCCUCACCCAACUCUGCCUACACUUUGCUUCCCACCCUCUACCACUCUUCUUGCUCACCCUGGUCAGCUCUGAGCAAAGUGUCUCAAACUCCUUCCUGUCUCCAGCGUAGAACCCCACAGUACAGCUUGGGUCCAUCUUGGCAAAGGCCAUCUUGCGGGGUGAGGUGCAAUGGAAGGACUGGGGCAGACAGACAAGGGAAGAUCAGGGGGCCCUGACUCCUUCCACAUGCCCCCAACCCCACCCUGGGAAUCCCAGCUCACCUCCAGGGGGAAGUCAGCCCUGCUGACAUCCACAGUGGGCUGGCAGUAGUGGGGGUCCAGGUAGAGCAGGAAAUCAUCUGCAGGGGAAGAAGCAUUAGUGGGUGUAGGGGAGGAUGAAGUGGGAUAGGUAGAGCAGGAUAGGGUGAACUUACCCUGGUACCCGAUGAAGUACAGAGAGUGUCGUGGCUUGCCCCCCAUGAUACCCAGGCAUAGCUCUGAACGCAGGAGCUCCUGUAGGGAGGAAAGUAGGUUAAGGUGAGGACUUGGGGUAUGUGCUGUUAGGCAGUCCUCAACAAACACAAAUGCCCAAAAUAUGUGAACCCACGCUGCUGGGCUCUAGGGGACCAGCAGUGACCAGGAUAGACAAAACCACCACCCUCACGGUGCUGAUGUUCUAGUGUGGGAGACAGAACAAGAUGAGUAGGUCAUGUCAUAUCAGGAGAGAACACCAUGGAGAAGAACAAAGGGAAAGGGGCUUUGUGAUAGCUGGGUUACAGGCCAGAGAUGGGGGGAGGGGGAGGUGGGUGAGAGGAUUCACCAGAGACAGAGCGGGGA